AUCGCCCUUCGUGACAACUGUAGAUCAGGAGCCAUCAGCUCCCCGUCUCGCCCUCGUUUCGGGGACUUGUAGUUUUUAGUGUAAAAGAACGCCGCCGCACGGCAGAGGCCCGUCGUGGGAGUAAAACUACAGUUCCCUCGUAGCUCCUCGGAGGUGUUACUUGUCAAUAUGGCUGUUGUCAGACAGACAAAGCGGAGGAGGCAAAUAAUUCGCCUCUGAUUAGAAAUCCUUGGAUAGGGGGUCGGGACAGGCCACUCGUCAGACCGCGUUACUGUUCCGCUGCGGUGAAAAGACGCCGCGGGUCUUUGCUCCAGUUGACACAGUUAAAUGGUUAAAGUGGACGAUUUGAACCGAGCAGCAGGAUGUCUGAGUUCAGCGAGGAGCCGCGCUUCACCAUCGAGCAGAUAGAUCUGCUGCAGCGGCUGCGUCGCAGCGGCAUGAGCAAGCCGGAGAUCCUCCACGCGCUCGACACUCUGGACCGGCUGGACCGGGAGCACGGCGACAAGUUUGGCCGCCGCACCUCUUCCUCCUCCUCUUCCUCGUCCUGCUACGGCGUGGGCGGGGCAAACGGCUGCACCAACAACUCUGCCUCGAACGCCAACAAUGGCAACACUGCCUCAGCAAACGCCGCCGCCGCCUCUUCCUCCUCCGCGACGUGCAAUGGAGGCGAGGGCGUCGCCGUCGACCAAUCGGCGGCGGCCGCCGUCAAGUCCAAAAUCUCCACCGCCACACAGACGCAGUUCGUCGGCAGAGGCGGGCUCUCGCCGUCCCACAGCUACGACACGUCCCCGCCUCCGGGUCCGCCGCCGCCGGCCGCCGUCCCGCCCUCGCCGGUGUCGCUGGUCGCGCUGUCGCAGAACGGCCGGGACAGCCUGGCCGCCACGCCCAACGGGAAGCUGUCUCCGCCCAGGUACCCGGUGAACGGCGCGGCGGCGGCGCGAGCGUUUGGGUUCGAGGCCACGGAGGAGGACCUGGACAUCGACGACAAGGUGGAGGAGCUGAUGAGGAGGGACAGCAGCUUGGUGAAGGAGGAGAUCAAGGCGUUCCUGGGCAACAGGAGGAUCUCUCAGGCCGUGGUGGCACAAGUUACUGGCAUCAGCCAGAGCCGGAUCUCCCAUUGGCUGCUGCAGCACGGCUCCGACCUGAGCGAGCAGAAGAAGAGGGCCUUCUACCGCUGGUACACGCUGGAGAAGACCACGCCAGGUGCCACGCUGAACAUGCGGCUGGCCCCGUUGCCCCUGGAGGAAAUGGAGUGGAGGCAAACCCCGCCCCCCAUCACUACCGCCCCCGGGACCUUCCGGCUGCGUCGCGGAAGUCGCUUCACGUGGAGAAAAGAGUGCCUGGCAGUGAUGGAGAGCUACUUCAACGACAACCAGUAUCCAGAUGAGGCCAAGCGGGAGGAGAUAGCAAACGCCUGCAACGCUGUUAUUCAGAAGCCAGGGAAGAAGCUGUCCGAUCUGGAGAGGGUAACCUCCCUGAAAGUUUACAACUGGUUCGCCAACCGUCGCAAAGAAAUCAAGAGACGUGCCAACAUUGAAGCCACAAUCCUGGAGAGUCAUGGGAUAGACGUCCAGAGCCCGGGGGGACACUCCAACAGCGACGACAUCGAUGGGAACGACUUCUCCGAGCAGGCAUGUGACCUGCCCUAUUUUGACAAGAGACCUCUCGGCCGACCUUUUGGCCUUUACCGACUCGAGCCCACCUCGCCAACACAGGAUGACAGCGAGCACCAGGACCCCAUCUCUCUGGCGGUGGAGAUGGCCGCCGUCAACCACACCAUCCUGGCCCUGUCCCGAACCGGAGGGAUCCCCAACGACAUCAAGACCGAGUCCCUGGAGGACGAAUGACCUGCAACGGGGUC